AUCAUUGUAGAGCGGGUACAUAGGUGGCAGGAGGGAGCGGGCAGCGGAGAUUUGAAGCCCACUCGAGUCUGUGAUGCACUAACGCAGAGAGCAGAAGGCUUGUUUGUUUGGAUCGACGGAUCACAGCAGAGACACAUCAUUCAGAACAUCGCUGAUGACUCGGGACAAACACAUUUGUGUAGUCGUUGGCGCUGCAGAUCCCCACGAAGAAGCCAGCUUCGUGUUGCCUUGCUUUCGAUUACCCGCAGCCUGCAGCUCGGACCCUUUAAGUUAAACGGCAGGCUAAAAGGAGCUGAUCUGCCCUGACUGACAGUCCCGAUAUUUCCAUCUGGACCUGGUGAUAUGAGAGGCUCCAGGAGACGGUGAUGGAGCUCCAGGAGUUGGGCUGGCUGUGUUUGGUGGGUCUCUUUCUAGCCUCCUUGCUCAUUGUGCUGGGAUGGCUGCUCCAGUACUCGCUGACCCUGCUGCGGCUGCGGAGAGCCAGGAGGACAGGCACUCAGGACAGAAGGGGCACAGCCGGUCAGCAGCGGCUCUCCCUCACACAGCCCCACCAGAGCCAGGCUGGAAGUUUGUGGGGCUUCCUUCUGAAGCUGCGCCCGGGCCGGGAUGGAGGACCUACAUCUGAGGCCGGGGUUAAAGGCUUGCUGACUUCUCUGUUCUCCUUCAAGUCCUUCAGGGAGCACUUCCAGACCACCUGGGUCAAAGCUCUGAAUGAGCAAGCCUGCAGGCAUGGGAGCUCCAUCCAGAUCACUUUUGACAGCAACCUCCAAUUAACUGCUGCCUCUGCAAUAGAUAGUGUGACCUGCACUGACCAAUCGGAACACCGAAUGGUUUUACACUGCAAUUGUUGGGUGGAUACACUGAUAUUUCCUGUGACAGUCACUCAGCAGUCACACGCUGCCGUUUCCAUGGACACCUAUCAGAUCACUAUAGCACCUAUGGCGGCAAAGGUGGUGGCGUGUCUGGAGGAGGUGGAGGGCGAGGGUCUGAUGAUGUCCUGGACUCUUUCCAAGCAGCCUUCAUUUAUUCUGACAGUGUCUCCACGCAAGCUGCAGACACAGGGCACUGAGGGUGAGGCAGACCUGGACAUGAUUAAGGGACUGAUAGAGGAUACUCUGUUCAGCACUCAGCCAGCCAUGGUCCUCAACCUCAAGACUUGUGCGUCAGGUCCUUUGGCCCCCAUGGACCAUCUAUCGGUGGGAUUGAACUCUAUAUCGCAGAGUUGCUUGGUGAGGCGACUACUGCUGCGGCAGCUCAGGGCGACCUUAAGUAAAGGUCAGGGGUCUAGCUCAGGGGAGCUGUGCUGUGUCCUGAGCCUGGACCAACCCUCCACAGAGAGGACAACCCGCUUCCUGUCUGUGCCCGGCAACGCCUCACUGGAAUGGAGUGAAGAAAUUAGUCUGGAGCUGGGUCUAGAAACCAAAGAGCUGAGAGUGAGACUUCUGGAGAGGAACGGCAAAAGGGAACAAUUCCUGCCUGGCCAUGCCUCCAUCGCCUUGGACCUCCGGUGCAAAGUUCCUACCGGACAACACGUACUGUCAGUAAGCCCUGGCCUCGGCUUGGCACCAAAUGCGACCAUCACAGCAGAGCUGCUUUAUGUGGAAACAGAGGAGCCUCGCAGCGCCCACAAUGCUUUGUCACUUCGUUCCUCACUCACCCCCACCAAGAAAGUCGAUGUGGACCGAACCAUCAUGCCAGAUGGAACCAUCGUCACCACUGUGACGACCGUCCAGUCUCGACUUAAACUGGAACGCAGUCCAGGUGAUUCCCCUUUGCGUUCGCCGUCCAAAGUGGAGUUGACAGAGAAGAAACCCACCAUCCUGUCAGAUGGCAGAGGCAGCCCCAACCCCUGCAAGAGCAGCCGCCUCUCUAAUGGCCUGGAUCCUGUUGCAGAGACGGCCAUUCGGCAGCUGACAGAGUCGGCGUCCAAAGUAGCUCGCAAGACGCCAACAAAAAGGAGCACACUGAUCAUCUCGGGUGUGUCAAAGGUUCCGCUCUCCGAAGAUGACUGUGUGUUAUCGAGCGGCUACGCUGCAGCCAUGGAUGCAGCCAUGCAUGGCAACCAUUACGGGGCGGGGCAUCACCAGGACCCAGAUGAAACCACACCCUCCGACGUGUCGGAGCGUCCAUCUGUGGACGAUGUGGAGUCAGAUACUGGUUCCACUGGUGCCUUGGAAACCCGCAGCCUCAAGGACCAUAAAGUGGGUUUUCUACAGAGUGGGUCGAAGCUGUUAUUCCGCAGAAGACAUCGAGAAAAGGAGUCCUGCCACAGCCAAUCCCAUGAGGACAUCUCCAACAUGGGCAAUAACUUUGCUGCUGCCGCAACCAGCAGCCGCAAAAAGUCUGCCAGCUUCUCCCGACGUCUCAUCAAACGCUUCUCUUUCCGCUCAUCGGGCAAAUCAAAAGGCAAAGCCACUGCUACCAACGGAGGGUCGAGCUCACUGGAUAACUGAUUAUCAUUGUUAGCGUAGGACAUGACUCAUGCUGACUUGAACAGGAUUGUUCUAAAAGGCCUCUGUUACUGUCAGAAGAACAACUAAAGCUUGCAAGAGUCCUGUCUUUGACAGGCUGAACACCCCAGGCGGGUUGUCGUCUGUACGUGUUGAAAGGAGGAGACCUCUGGGAGGGCUUUCCUCUGGAGAGACAUUAUUGCACCUUCAGGACAGAAGUCAUGUUUAAUCACAACACUGAAGUUAAAAUGUGAUAAUGAAAUCUGUUUUGUUCGAGGAGAAAUCUGCUGCUUGGUGAUGAGAUGCUAAUGGUUACAAUGAAAUGUCUUGUGCCCUGUUUGCACACAAACUAUAAUGGGAGUGUUUUAUUGUCACUGAUGUUGGAGAUGCUCUUCCACUAUUUAAUAUAUAAAAUGGCAGUGUGCUGCUAUUGGUUGCACUUGGGACUUUCUUUUUAACAGCACAUGUAAAAUUCCUGGGUUGUAUAAAGGUAAUUUAUUAUUAAGUGGUUCUCAUGACACAAGUGCUAUUUAUUUUAUCCCCCAAAAACAAGUCAUCAUAGCUGCAUUACAUUGUAAAAUAGAGACAUUACUGUGUGUUUUUUUUCCCCCAUACAAAUGUAAUUUUAAAUACAUAAGUAAGUGAACAAAAAACAGUCUUAAUCUAGCUGUAAUGUUCAUUCACAAUUGCUUGGUACAUUGGUUUUAAAAUGGUGUUCAGUGUUAUCUCUUAUAUAAGAAGUAGAAAAGAUAAAAUAUUUAUUGUGUUUUUUAUUUCAUAAAGUACAACUUGUGGAAUAUCAUAAGGCAUUUCAGUUUGCUUUUGAAACUUCAGCCAGUCAGGAUCUCUGGCAGACUCUUCAAGCCGAGUUUAAACAUUUUAAAUUCUGACAUUUUUCUGUCAGUAAAAUAAACCAACAUGAUAAUUUCCUGCUCUUCUUGUGGCUCCUGUUGACUCAGUUAAGUCAAAUGGGCAUCUGAACACAUUAUAAAGACUUCAGUCGAUGCUCAUAUGGACUUUGUAACUGCAGUACAAUUGCAUAUACUGCGCAAAAUGCCUCACAGGGGUUGAAGGCAAAAUGCUUUGCAAGAAAUGCUGACAUGGUGACCAGAUCAUGAUCAUAAACUAAACAUAGCAAAACCUCUCCUGUAUUAACAUUUAGAAACCUUAUCAUAAUGUAUUUCACUUAAAUUCAAGUUUCACAUGAACAAAAAUAGAACUUGGAGGUCUCAUGGUGUGUUCAGAGAUGCUCUGCUGAGGCACUGGGAAGGACAGGAUUGUCAAAGUUUACGACAAGGUGAGAUAUGAGGAAACCUGUUGCAUCCUUCAAAGGCAAAUAGAACUGGUGUGUAAAGGUGUACAUACAUUUUUGGAUGUUUGUGUCAGAAAAAAAGGAACAAUAUUUUAAAUUACUGCAUUACUUAUGAGACUCAGAACACCAGAAUAAAAGAUUUUGAUUUAA